GUCAUUAUAUUUUCUCACUAUUUUCAACUCGUCUAACAAUGACUUCACUCUCAAAGACAACUUUGAUCUUAAAUCUCUUCUUCUUAUUCUCUGGCUUUUCACUUGCGAGACAGAAGUUUAAACCAGAGAUCGAAGCUUUAAUUUCCUUCAAGAAAGGUAUCUCUGAAGACCCUUUAGGGAUAUUAUCGGAUUGGAGCACCACCGGUCUGAUACGACACUGCAAUUGGACCGGAAUCACCUGCGAUCGUACCGGUCACGUUGUCUCCGUUACCUUGAUGGAGAAGCAACUUCAAGGUGUCCUGUCUCCAGCCAUAGCAAAUCUCACCUAUCUCCAGGUUCUUGAUCUCACUUCCAAUAACUUCUCCGGCAAAAUACCGUCUGAGAUAGGGAAAUUAACAGAGCUUAACCAGCUCAUUCUUUACUUAAAUUACUUCUCUGGUUCAAUUCCUUCUGAGAUUUGGAGGCUUAGGAGUAUCGUGUAUCUUGAUCUGAGGGAUAACUUGUUGACCGGUGAUAUUCCCGAAGCGAUCUGCAAAACUCUAUCUUUGGAAUUAGUAGGAUUUGAAAACAACAACUUAACCGGAACGAUACCAGGAUGCUUAGGAGAUUUGGCUCAUCUCCAAAUCUUUAUGGCAGGCUUGAACCGGUUUAGUGGUUCGAUUCCCAUAUCAAUUGGUAAUCUGGUUAAUCUCACGGAUUUUAGCCUGGAUAGUAACCAAUUAACCGGUAGAAUACCGAGAGAGAUAGGAAAUCUCUCGAACUUACAAGCUCUAAUUUUAACUGACAACUUGUUGGAAGGAGAGAUACCAGCUGAGAUCGGGAACUGCACGAGCUUGAACCAACUUGAGCUGUAUGGUAAUCAGCUAACCGGGGCAAUCCCAGCUGAAUUAGGGAAUUUGGUUCAGCUGGAGGCACUUCGGUUAUACAAGAACAAGCUGAAUUCUUCAAUUCCAUCCUCAUUAUUUCGGUUAACGAGGUUAACCAAUCUGGGAUUGUCGGAAAACCAGUUGGUUGGACCAAUACCUGAAGAGAUUGGUUUCCUUACGUCAGUUAAAGUCCUUACGCUUCACUCCAACAACUUAACAGGGGAGUUUCCACAGUCGAUCACAAACUUGAAGAACUUAACAGCGAUAACGAUGGGAUUCAACUCGAUUUCCGGUGAGCUCCCGGUGAAUCUAGGGCUUCUUACAAACCUUCGGAACCUCUCGGCACACAACAAUCUUCUUACCGGGUCAAUACCUUCUAGCAUACGUAACUGCACCAGUCUUAAAUUUCUGGACCUGUCUCAUAACCAUAUGACUGGCGAGAUUCCUAGGGGUUUAGGACGGAUGAAUCUUACAUCUCUUUCUCUUGGGCCGAAUCGGUUUGCAGGUGAAAUUCCAGAUGAUAUCUUUAACUGUUCAUACAUGGAAACUCUUAAUCUGGCAAGGAACAACUUCACAGGAACGAUCAAGCCAUUCAUUGGGAAGCUUCAGAAGCUACGGAUUUUGCAGCUAUUUUCUAACUCUCUCACUGGAUCAAUUCCUCGAGAGAUAGGGAAUCUGAGGGAGCUGAGUCUCUUGCAACUUAACAUUAAUCACUUCACGGGAAGAAUCCCGAGGGAGAUCUCAAAUCUGACUCUACUGCAGGGGCUUGAGCUGGAUACAAAUGAACUUGAAGGUCCAAUUCCGGAAGAAAUAUUUGGUAUGAAGCAACUCUCAGAGCUCUAUCUGUCCAAUAACAAGUUUUCAGGCCCAAUUCCUACCUUCCUCUCGAAGCUUGAAUCUCUUACCUACUUGGGUCUUCGUGGAAACAAGUUUAACGGGUCUAUCCCAGCAAGCCUUAAGUCACUUUCGCAACUCAACGCAUUGGAUAUCUCCGACAAUCUUCUCACCGGAACCAUCCCUGAUGAGCUGAUAUCUUCGAUGAAAAACUUGCAACUUACCCUCAACUUCUCAAACAAUCUACUGUCAGGUUCCAUUCCCAAUGAGCUUGGAAAGCUAGAAAUGGUUCAAGAAAUCGACUUUUCAAACAAUGACUUUUCUGGGUCUAUUCCACGAUCUUUACAAGCCUGUAAAAACGUGUACUUCUUGGAUUUUUCACGAAACAAUCUUUCAGGCCAGAUUCCAGAUGAAGUCUUCAAACAAGGCGGCAUGGAUAUGAUCAAAAGCUUGAACCUUUCAAGGAACAGUCUCUCAGGCGAAAUCCCCGGAAGCUUUGGGAACAUGACGCAUUUAGUCUCUCUGGAUCUCUCUUAUAACAAUCUCACAGGCGAAAUUCCAGAGAGCCUGGCCAAUCUUUCGACGCUGAAACAUCUCAAACUAUCAUCAAACCACCUCAAAGGCCACGUCCCUGAAUCCGGUGUGUUCAAAGAAAUCAACGCAGCUGAUCUGAUGGGAAACAGUGAUCUCUGCGGCACCAAGAAGCCUCUCAAGCCAUGUAUGCUAACCAAGAAGAAGCCAAGCCACUUCUCCAAAAGAACUGCAAUCAUCGUGAUCGUUCUCGUAUCAACCGCUGUUCUUCUUCUCACAUUCCUCAUCUUGCUUCUCACCUGUCGCAGAAAAAAAGAGAAAAAGUCUGAACCUUCAUCAGAACCUCCAAUGCCGGAUCUGGACUCAGCUCUGAAGCUCAAGAGAUUCAAUCCAAAAGAGCUCGAACAAGCAACAGACUCAUUCAACACCGCCAACAUCAUCGGCUCAAGCAGCUUAAGCACAGUCUACAAAGGCCAUCUCCAAGACAACACAGCAAUCGCAGUAAAAGUCCUAAACCUAAAGCAAUUCUCAUCAGAGUCAGACAAAUGGUUCUACACGGAAGCCAAAACCCUAAGCCAGCUAAAGCAUAGAAACCUAGCGAAGAUCCUAGGGUUCGCUUGGGAGAGCGGGAAGAUGAAAGCCUUGGUGCUUCCGUACAUGGAGAAAGGAAGCUUAGAGGACGCGAUUCACGGCUCCGGCGAACGGAUCGGAGGCUUCGCGGAGAGAAUCGAUCUAUGUAUCGAUGUAGCGAGCGGGAUCGAUUACCUUCAUUCUGGAUUCGGAUUCCCGAUCGUUCAUUGCGAUCUGAAGCCGGCGAAUAUACUCCUCGACGGAGAUCGAGUUGCGCACGUCAGCGAUUUCGGGACUGCGAGGAUUCUAGGGUUACGUGAAGAUGGAAGCGUCACUGCUUCUACAUCAGCUUUCGAAGGGACGAUCGGGUACUUAGCUCCAGAGUUUGCUUAUAUGAGGAGAGUGACGACGAAGGUUGACGUGUUCAGCUUCGGGAUUGUGAUGAUGGAGCUGAUGACGAAACGGAGACCGACUUCGGUGGUGGUCGAUGAAGAAUCACAAGGGGUGAGUAGUCUGCGUGAAUUGGUGGAGGAAGCGAUUGGAGAUGGAUUGGAAGGGAUGGUUAAUGCUCUUGAUUCAGAGAUUUGGUCUUCUAUCAUUUCUCGGAAGCAGGAAGAGGCUGUUGAAGAUUUGUUGAAGCUUUGUUUGUACUGUACAAGCUCUAGACCUGAGGAUAGGCCCGAUAUGAAUGAGGUUCUUACGCAUUUGAUGAAACUCAGAGGAAAGACGAUCUCAGUUGUUCCAGAAGUGUAGCAAGCUGAAGAUGGUUGAAGCUAUCAAAAUUGUUUCUUUCUUUUUUCUUAUUCUGCUCGAAAAAUUGAAUUGUAAAAUAUCUCUCGUAAGCUAAUGGGCUCUAGACUAAGGGUCCAUCACUUUAGGUCCAAUAACAGAUGUGUUGAGUUAGGCCCAAAUUUAUAUAUCUCGUAAGGUUUCUGAGA